GAUUGCUUAAUUAAACUACACUUGGUAAACAUAGUAAUCUUGAGGUCACUGGGACAUUAUUACGUAAUUAAAACAUGCUGACAUUACUUCAUUAUUUUAAUGUUGAUGGACCAUAGCCGGACUAGACUCUUAAGUGGUUGAAAUUAAUUUAAAGAAGCGGAUGAUUCACAACCACCUACACGUUAAUUAGAAGUUUUUGAAUAGUUUUCAACGUUUUACCUUAACGUAGUUAUCUCACCAUUGACAAGUCAAGAACGAUGUUGUUGUUUGUGUUUGGUGUUUGUUUUUUUGGAAACGUAGCUGCGGAGGCGUCUUCCAAUUAUUUUUGCGCAGACAUGAAUCCCCAACACCACGUUAUGAUUGAUCAGUUGAUGGGUAUGUGGUUCGGUAUAGAAAAAAUAAAUCACCUAGAUGAAGUUUUUCAUACUAAAACAGAGUUUUCCUGUCCAAUAAUACACAUAUCAGAAGACAGGGAUGCAACUUCAACAUUUAAUCCGUUAUAUUCAAAUUAUAACUAUGGAUAUAACUAUGGGAGAGCACACGGUUACGGCUCUGUAACGGAUAAACCGAUUUCUGCAAUCACCGAUAGAGCUACAGUAAAUGAAAUACGACGAAGAGUCUACGAAGACGCCGAAUACGACCGACAAACGACAUACGGAAACUAUCCGUAUAACAAAAAACAACAUUUAUAUGAUUUAAAACAAAUGGCAGGCAAUGUCAAAUAUUUGAGAGUCAUCUGGGACGAAAAUGGGGAAAGCACUGAGUAUCGAGUUAGAUAUAAUGUUAGUAGAUCUGGUUUUUGGAUUACUUCUGGACCUGAAAACGGAGGAGCUUCAUUGGAUCCUCAAUACAGUCACUUUGGCGGAACUAUUCAAGUUGUGAAAGCAGUAGGAAACCACAUGGUUUUAACUUUUUGCCAUCAAUUACCUGAUAGACAACUUUAUUCCAUUUUGCUAUCUAGGGAAUUGAAAUUAGAAAAUGUAGAGAUUCAUGGGGUUCACAAUAUGCUCAACAGAAAAGGUUUACGUACUAAUUCAGUUAAAAAAACCUGCAAUAGCAGUAGCAAUAACAGAAUUAACGUAUUAAUUUUCGUACCAUUAUUUAUAUUUUCGUUAUUUACACUCAGGUUUUAGUCGUUAAAAAUUAAAGUAGCAUUAGAAUGUAAGAAGGAUAAGAGCAGAACAGAUUUAAGAACUGUUCAGUAGUAGAGAAAAUAAAAUUCCACUUGUAAUGUCAAGAAAACAAAAUUAAUCGAAUAGCAUAUAUGUAAUACUUCUAUAUGGACAGUGGAAGCUGUUCCGACUAAAGAAGACAGAAUGGCAACGAUUUCUCUAUCGUCCAAGGUUCCAGCUCGGUUCUGCGCAUUCUCAAGCAUGCGCAGUAUAGAUAAAGUGCCUCGAACGAGAGAGAAAAUGAAUAUUAUCGGCACUGUAACAUAGGGACUUUUUUCCCAUACCAACUGUCCAUAUAGGAGUAUUACAUAUAUGUCUAAUAGUGAUGAGGUGGAGACCUUCACAAACAAAGAAAAAAAGAAGAAGCAAUAGUUGACAAUUUGAAUCAAAUAGGAAGUGUAACCACAAAACUAAAGCAUUUUAAAAAUGUUAUUAAAAAAGUCAUUUCCGGGAUUACGUCACAAUCAGCCAUCAUAUUGUCUUGGGAUUAAAAUAUUGCGUUAUAUACAUUCAAAUUAGUGAUUUUUUUUAAUAUAUUCAUUUCAUUAAAAAAAGCGCUAGCAAUACUCGAAAUGACUUAUUCAAUGAAAAUUAACUAGGUAAAAAAAUGCUCAGCUGUAGCUAUAAAUUAUAGUUUGAAAACCGCUCGUGCAGAUAUAUAGAUUAUAUCUUUGUUCGCAGGUCAAUUUAGAAUCGAUUCCGAAUCAGUUGGUAAGUUAGAAUCGCUGUAAUGCGCAUGCUUGAUUACGAACCUAUUCACAAUGGUUGAUUUAACGUGAACUUAAUCAAUAAUUAACGGACUCGAUGUGACCGAACAUAGAACUGUUUUUAUUCAGUAGGGUACUAACCGCAAAUGACAAUUUUGAAAGUAUCCAUGCAAUCGGCGCCUAAACCGAUUCGGAAUCUAAACCACGAACAAAGCUAUUAGCAUUGUUCAUUGGACAGUUUAGAAUCGAUUCCGGAUGAGUUGGUAACAAAUUUAGAAUCGGUUUAAUGCGCAUGCUUAAUUACGAAUCUAUAGCUGGUGAUUGAUUUACCGCGAACGUAAUUAAUGAAUAACGGAAUGUAAGUGACCACCCGCAGUAAACCAAAAGAAUGUCUUAUAAUUUGUGAGAGCAGAGAUAAUAAUAUUGUGUAAUACCUAUAGCGACAAUUAUUGUUUCUAAUGUGUUUUUCAACGCAAAAUUACCAAAUUAUAGGUUAGAAACUGUGAAAAUUGAAUUAAUUUAAGCCCCCGAAUUCAGAGGUUUAAUUUAAUGAUAGUUUGAAGCAUUGCACCCUCACGGUGCAAGUAACCAUAAUUUAUUAAGUUCUAAAUGCACCAUUAUCGUGAAUAGAUUGAUUCUAGUGUCGAUUAGAAACAUUUUGGUUAAACGACUAAAAUUACGGUUUAAGUUAUACUUUACCAUACCCGGUAAAUUAAGCUGACUGUCAUUGUCCCUAAAUUAUUUUUGUCUAAAUUAAUGAAAUUUGGGUAAAAUAUUUCCUUUUAUUUAUGAUUUUUCAAUUACUGAAUGAUACAGAAGUUUUUUUACCGUAAUUGCAGGAAAUAAAAUUAUUAAUUCUUUAGAUUUCAUAUCAUAUUUCUACACAGUUUCAAGUGUAUUUGUUCUCAUAUUUAUUAUUCUUAUCUCAUUUGGUAUAUAUGUAUAUAUAUAAAUUUUAAUAUCAAGUAAAGUGACUACAAAACCAUUUACCACUUGGUCCCACAAUAUUACAAUUAAAAACAGAGUUUUUUUCUGUAAACCCUUUAAACUGUUAAGUAUUUGUUAUUAUAUAUUAAUUAUAUCAAUUAUCAUGAAUUAUCACUUAAUUUCUCUAUUUUUUAUUUGUAUAUAUCCUCAUACUUCACUGUGUCAUUUUUUUUCCUUUUUUGUUCUGUUCCUGUUCCUCUAAGUCAGUAUCUUAUUAAAAAGUUACAUUGCGAGCACAUCUUUAAUCAUUUGAUCUUCCUUUUUCAGACUUUUUUAUCAUUUUAUCGCUUUUUUUUGUACACGUGGCAUCAUUUUUCGACUAAAUUCAUUAUUAGGUACAGCUAAAACCAACAAAAUACACCAAAACUACAAGUUUUGAAUUUGCACUUCAUGAAUGAUGAACUGUUUUAUACUGUACUAGCAUUCUGAACAUACUGUUUAAACCACCACUACACCAAUACUCACAAUAACACUGUCUGGCGAGCGUUUCGAAUUAGUUAUGAACAAUGUAAUUGUGAAUGGUGGUGUAAACAUUGUGUUCAGUAUGAAUUUCACCAACAGUUCCAAAAAUUCCAACUUCACUGUACUAGCAAAGCAGAUAUGAAGUUUUAAAUAAAUAUGAAGAUUUAAAUAAUCCUUCUUGACCCACAUCAAUUAAACUUAUAAUUCACGAAAAACUCUGUAUAUUUUUCAAAAAUUCUUUAAUGGGUAUCUGAAUUACGAUAGAAAUAAAAAUGCUCUACCAUUAGUAUGAAAUAUCCAUGAGAAUAGAUCCACCGACAGUCGUUUCCUUCCAAAUAGUUGAGCAUGUUUACAGUAAAAACUUACUCUUUAAGCUUCAUAUGGAUAAAUCUAUUAUGUGCAAAAAAAUAAAUCAUUUUCCUCUAAAUUUGUUUCAGACCUAUCGUACUCAAAUGAUUUUUUACCCUUGUUAGGUUAAAAUAUGAAAACAGAAUAAAGACUUGACUCCCCUCAGCUUAAUUGUGACUUAUCUCGUUUAAACAGCUUUGAUUUUGAUAAUACUUUUCGAAUUUGAUUUGUGAAUAUCGUUUUAUCAUCAAAAAUAGUUAAUAUUAUAUAUAAAUAAUAUCAAACCAAAUAGUUUGAGUACCGCAGCUUUUAUUCAAAAGAAGUAGUUUAUGCCUGGCUAUUAUUACCAUUAUUUAAGACACCAAAAUAUAUAAUCGACAAUUAUUAUUGCGAAUAAUUGAAAAAUAUUUUUCCAUGAAAAAAUUUGCAUGUAGGAAAGAUACCUCGCAAGGAAUAUAAACUUAUACUGAAUAUAAUGUAAAUAAAGUUUUAAAUAUUGUUGAAUAAACCAUUUUAAGUAAAAACUGUUGGUCAUAUUUU